GCGGUCUUCCCAUCCUCGGCGUCGUUCGAGAACAUCCAAGAACCGAAUAUUGGAAAACAUAUGCAGAAUGGGGGAAGAAGUACGGUGUUAAUGGCAUAAUAUCAUUCCAUGUCCUGGGUCGUCGCAUCAUUGUCCUCAAUUCCGCGAAAGCCGCGAUCGAGAUGCUGGACCAAAACUCGGCGGUUUAUUCGGAUCGUCCUUUCCCAGUGAUGGCCGGUCAACUGCUGCGUCGAGAGAAAUCUAUCUUCCUUAUGAAAUAUGGGGAACGCCUGAAAACGACUCGCAGACUCAUGCAUCAGGAUUUCAAUCCGACAGCGUCUCAAAAGUAUUGGGGCGUACAAGAAGCAGAGUCGCGACUCAUGGUCAUGAACCUUCUGCAGCAGAGUGAUCCUCAGCACCUUGAAGGCCAUUUGCGAAAGAAUGCUGCGGCCGUGAUUAUGCACAUUGCAUAUGGCUACACAAUCAAGAGUUCGGAUGACUAUUUUGUCGCCAUGGCGGAAGAGUCCAUGCGUGUUGCAUCACUUGCCGCUACUCCGGGCAAGUGGCUUGUUGACUCCUUUCCUAUCUUGCGUUUUAUUCCCCGCUGGUUUCCUGGCGCAAGCUUCCGUCGUAGUGCAGAAGAAUGGAGCAGCCAGUUAUAUACGCAAAGUCUGGUACCUUUCAACUUUGUAAAGGAACAAAUGACUGCAGGCACUGCAAAACCAUCAUUCACAUCCCUUCACCUGCAGCCUCCUGUCACUGAAGAGGAUGAAGACAUCGUACUCUGGACUGCUGGCGCACUUUAUGCCGGUGCUGCUGAUACGACAACAUCUACAGUCAAGACAUUUUUCUUGAUGAUGUGCCUGUACCCGGAUAUCCAGCGUCGCGCACAAGACGAACUUGAUCGUGUGGUUGGCAAUGACCGCCUGCCCACCCUGACAGACCGUGCACAUCUACCUUUCAUUAACAAUGUAAUCUCUGAAAUACUACGCUGGGCACCACCAUCACCGAUGGGUCUACCACACAGUGCAACUCGCGACGACGUAUUCUCGGGCUAUUUCAUUCCGAAAGGAUGCACUAUUUUUGCAAACAUUUGGGCAAUCUUGCAUGAUGAAUCCGUCUAUCCGGACCCAUACGUGUUCAACCCAGAUCGGUACGAUGCGAAAUCAGGGAAGGCACAACCCGAUCCCCGUCAAUGGGUCUUCGGGUUUGGUCGGAGAAUCUGUGCUGGGAUGCACAUUGCCGAGUCUGCAGUGUUCAUUCAGAUCGCAACAGUGCUCGCCACACUUGACAUCCUCAGGGCAGUCGAUGAGGAAGGCCGUGAGAUUAUCCCAGAGAUCGCAUUCUCGACAGCUAUCGUCAGUUAUGUCAAGUCGUUCCCAUAUCAGCUGAAGCCAAGAUCAGCGGCAGCGGUCUCUCUGAUCCAAAAUGCCGUGGCCGCCAUGGAUUAGCCAAAGGCAAAAGGCAGGCCGGUUGACCCACCUGAUCUGAAAUGUCCUUAUUCGUCUGUUCCACUAUCUUUAAUAUACUUCUGUUUGCUCUC